AUGCAAGCCCAACCCGGAAGCAGAUCCCCUCGUUUCCAUUUGCUCCUAUCUUUUUUGAUCGUCUUAUCUCUCCCUCAUCUCAUUGGCGCGGAAAGCAUCCUCGGAGACAAUAACACCUGCGACAACGCACACAUCCUCGAGCGCAACGCCGACUGUGACCCCCAACGCGCUGCCAUGACAUGGAAUACGACGAAAGAGACCACAGCGAAUACCGGUGCGAAGAUGUAUGGCUAUAGAUACCCCCAGGUGCCGCUUGAGGUGGAUAAUUAUCCUGUAGGGCCCGAGGGUUUGCAGUUGGAACAAGUACAUGUGUAUGUUAGACACGGAGAACGAACACCCGUAGGGGUGCGGCUGACGGACCCCCCUGCAUCGAUACCGGAGUAUUGGAUGAUGUGCAAGACUGCGCGCCGUUUUCGUGCCGCUGUAUCGAGUGCACUUGGACCUAGCCCUAAUCAAGCCCCCCAUUUGUCUGUGAGAAAUGAUGAGCUGGAAGAGACACUGCAAACCCAGAAGGUUGUAGAGAGGAAAGACGGGACAUUAGUAGAAGGAGAAUGCUUGUUGGGUGAACUCACUGACCUCGGCAGACAAUCAACAUACAGUUUCGGGCAAAACCUACGCCGGCUAUACGUGGAAAGAUUAGGCUUCAUUCCCGACACUCUACCAUCUUCUGACAUUGUAUACUUCCGGAGUACCAACAUGCCCCGAACGAUAGAAUCUCUUCAACAAGUAGUACAUGGCCUGUACCCCACAAAUAAAUGCCUAGAUGGUGCCCAGCCGCCUUUACGUAUCAGGAAUGGAAAAGACGAAAACCUAAUAGGUAAUACCUACGCCUGCAAGCGCCUAGAGAUUUUGCAAGCCGGAUUUGCCAACGCGGCUGCUCAAGCGUACAAUAGAAGUCUUGAACGUCUAGAUAAGAAAGUUUCCAAAUACCUGAAUGGUAACCCAAUACGCGUGGACGGGAAACCUAGGGCGUCUGGGAUAAUGGAUACGAUUCGAGCUUCAAUUGCACAUGGAAUCAAAGUCCCACCAGAGUUCGAGGACAAGACUAUCGUAGAUGUCAUAGAUGUAUGCUCGACCCUUUUCCUCCCCUAUGGUCACCCGCUGAGGACAAUCUACGCAUUAGAUAAAACGGAAGAAGUCCGUCGACUUGCCAUGGGCCGUUUGUUGGACGACAUGUCGCGUAAAAUGCAGACCAAAAUCCAACAGAGGGAAGCAGAUCCUUUGAAAAUUCUCGUUCAUAGUACACAUGAUACUGCAAUCGCUGGCCUUUGCUCCACAUUUGACGUUUUUGACGACAAGUGGCCGGCUUUCACAGCGUCAAUCACAUUUGAGCUUUUCAAAACUCGGGAACCAGAGUCCGACCAAACACGCUCGCAAUCAAUCUUAACACGGAUGGGAUCGCCUUCCUCUUCUUCGCAAUACUACGUCCGGAUGCGGCACCAGAACAAGGACAUGACUCUCCCUAUAUGCGCACAGAGUGGUAACCAUUUAGAAGGUCACCCUGAGUUCUGCACGUUCUCUGCGUUCAAAGCACGUGUCAAAGAGCUGACUCCCACAGAAUGGGACGAUGAAUGUUUACCAGCUGGAAAGCCCUAA